GAAGUGAAUCGAGACGUUACAAGCCGGAUUCACGAAUUAGCGCAAUGAGGCUGUGGGUAUGGUUUUGUGUGCUCUUAGUAGUCACAAUAUUCGCAUCGGAAGCAUUGGCAAAGAAAUCCAAGAAGGAUGUGGAAUAUAAAAAUAAAAAUGAGAAGCAAGAUAAAGUCCAGGUCGAACGUAACUCAAAGGAUAAAUAUCAAUCCGAAAGGUCGGAAAAAAAAGGAAAAGAAAAAUAUAUGAAAGAAGAAAAGUCGAGGAAGAGGAGAAGUAGUGAGUCGUUGGAACAUGGUACGGAGAAACCUUCCGAAAAAUAUUCAGAAACGAAAAAUUCUCAAAAAUCGGAGCAAAAAUCAAAGAACAAGAAGAGUAAACAAGAGGAACGCGUCGAACGAGUAGACAACGAAAAAGAUGGAAAUAUCGAAAAUAAAGCAAUGAACUUGAAAGAUAAAACAAAGACGGACACACAAAAUAAGAAAGAUAAAAACAUUAAACAACAAUCGAAGGAAUCUGACAAACAUCCCGAAGCUUCUCAGGAAUCACAAAGCCAAAAAUCGAAGAAAAGUCCGAAGGAAGGAAAGAACAAAAAGAAAUCGAAAAAUGUGGACGAAGUAAUCAACGAAGACGAGAAUAUUAGCGUGAAGAAUAAGAAAAAGUCAAACAAGUCCAAGUCGGAAUCUAUUGAAAAUACGCAGAAUGUCGAGAACAAGAAGAGUAAGAAAACCAAAUAUGACAAGAACAAGAAGAAGCAAGAAAUGACUGAAAACACAGAUUCCAAAGCCUCUAAAGAUAAUGAUGAAGAAUUGGUCGAAGCUGAUGUGACAUCUGAAGAUUCGGCUCAGGAAGAAAACGCGUCGGAGACUGCAAAUAAUAAGCAGAAAGCUCAGAAAAUACAGAAACAGGAUAAUAAAAGCAGGAAGACACGCGAGGUAGCGCAAAAGAAGGAGGAACCUAAAAAGAAAGAAUCAGAAAAACCCGUCGAAGAGGAAGAAGAUGCAGCUGAAGUUAUGGGUCAGCAGGAUAAAGAACAAGUGGAAGCUGAAGAUAAAGAUAGUGCAAUUAAAGGAAAUUGUUUAACAGACUCAAAUGAAUGUACUGUAUAGUGAUAUUUUACACAUUAAUAUUAAAUUACACAAUUUCAAACACAUUUGAAGAAUGCUCAGCGAUAUAUUACGACUAUAGAUAGCCGUGUCUUAUUGGUGUUAUUUUU